AUGGCCGACGGCAACAGAUCAACAUUGAGAGAAUUCAUUGCAUCUAUCUCAACAAUCAAAGGAGAUCUGUCAAAUAUCACCGCACCACCCUUUUUGUUGGCAUCUCAAUCAACCGUCGAGUUUCCGUCUUAUUGGUGCGAGAGACCUCAACUAUUGUGCGCUCCGGUCUCCGAAUCCGAUGCUCAAAAGCGCUGUCUACUUGUGUUAAAAUGGUUCUUAGCAAGUCUGAAGCGUCAGCAGUAUGCAGGUAGGGAUGAGAGUGCGGGUGUCAAAAAGCCAUUGAACGCUUUCUUGGGUGAGAUAUUCAUGGGGGCUUGGGGUGGUUCUGAUGGAGAAGGUAGAACGUGUUUGAUCUCUGAACAAGUCAGCCAUCAUCCGCCAGUCACUGCUUGCUACCUAUGGAACGAUGAGCAAGGCGUCAGGGCUGAAGGUUACGCGUGUCAAAACAUAACUUUCUCCGGCACUGUCAACAUCAAGCAGAUCGGCCAUGCGAUCAUCCAUCUAGACAAAUGGAACGAAGACUACUUGAUUCCUCUGCCUUCGGUAAAAGUGUCCGGACUGAUCACUGGAACGCCUUACCCAGAACUGGUCGGUAGCUAUGAUAUCGUCUCUUCAUCCGGCUUUGUCGCGACUGUCGACUUCUCUGGCAAGCGCUUCUUGGGACUGGCUGGCAAGAAGAACGGACUGCACGCGGCGGUCUACUCUGCCGAUGACAGUAGCCGUAAACAUCCAAUCUACACUUUAGAGGGCACCUGGAACGACGUGUUUACCAUUCGCGAUGAGAAGGCUGGUUCUGUGAUUGAAGAGUUCGAUACCAACGCUCACCCACCGCUUCCCGUUCAAGUUCCAGAUGAGUCCAUGCUUGACCCAUACGAAAGCAGAAAAGCUUGGGGUCCUACAAUAUCCGCUUUGAACUCUGGCAACAUGCAAGCAGUCAUCGACGCAAAAAGCAGGGUCGAGCAAGGUCAGCGCGAGAUGAGGAAGCAAGAGGAAAAAGAAGGCAAGACUUGGACACCUCUAUUCUUCCAAAAAGUGCAAAGCGAGGCACGACUGGAGAAGCUGAAGGGUAUGACUCAUGGAGACGCAGAGAUGGACGGCGCGCAAGGCAUCUGGCGCUGGAUUGGCAAUGAGAAGGCGGACCGGAUUGAUCGGCCUUUCCAUGGGGAUCUGGUACCAUGGUUAACUUAG